GGACAGCUGGCUGUCAGUCUGUCAUGUUUUGCUUCAUACUCAAAACGCAAUAGUUUUUUGCAAUGUAACCAAAAAUAGAACCAAAAUGAGUGCAAUAUUAAAAUUCAUCCGUGAGAACCACAUAUUAGCACUUAUAGAACAGACCAUUGCCAAGAAAAGGUCGCGUUUGAGUUUGAACGCGUACGAAAUAACUGAAAUACCAAGUCUCCUUUACACCUGCCUCGAAGUUGAACAUCUGUAUUUACAUAGAAACAAAAUUACUAAUGUUCCUGUGCAAAUAACUCAACUAGUGAACCUUACGACCUUAACAUUAGACUACAAUAACAUAGAUUUUCUACCACCAGAGAUAGGAAACUUGAAAAAUCUCGUAAAUCUUAACAUAAGUUAUAAUCCUUUGAAAGUGCUAAUACCUGAGAUUGGGGAGCUUGAGAAUCUGGAAGCUUUUUGGUGCAAUAGGAUAGGCUUGCAGGAGAUCCCUAAGGAGAUCGGCAAGUUAGAAAAACUAGAUACUUUUGGAGCCAGAGGAAAUGAACUUAAAACCAUUCCGGACGAAAUGACCAAACUGACAAGAUUAAGGUGGCUGACUCUAGAGAACAACCUGAUAGAAACAUUGCCAAACACAAUGGAUAGAAUGGAAGCUUUAGUACAUUGCAAUCUCAGGAACAACAGGGUUCGGGAGUUCCCAGAGUCAGUGCUUCGUUGUUCUGAACUGAUGUUCCUACAGCUUAAUAACAACCAAAUCUCAUGUCUGCCAGAAGACUUCGACACCAGCUUCUUGUCAUCACUUGAAAUGAUCGAUUUGCGGCAGAACCCCAUCUGUGAACUAUCUCAUCCCGAACACCCCCUAGUCCGCUACUCGGAAGAGAUGCCGACCACAGAGGCGGAGUUGUCCCCGCAAGGGUCGAGCAGCCGGCACACGCCCGGGCUGGACCUAGGGGCGGGCGCGGGGGCGCAAGCUCUAGCUAUCAAUGCCACGGCUUUGAGGUUACCCGCCGUGCCUGCACCGCGCCAUCCAGACCCUAUGGCUAUAGCUGAUAUGGACCUAGAAGCGUCAUCCGGUGAGUCUUCAGUGGAUUGGGAGAACAGCGUUAAUAGCUCCGAACUGGACGUGCAGUACCAGAACGACGAAGAACGGGCUGAGAAUGAGAUCGCCCAAUUCUUCCAGGCCGUCGGCAUGGUGUUGCCAGAACUGUCACGCUACGCGUCCACCGCAAGUUGAAGCGAAAACUACCCGGAAAAAUGGGGUAUUUCAUAAGGUGCAUUACAUACGUCACUACCAUGGCAAAUAAACUUAUUUAAUUUUUUCUAAGGAACACAAACGUGAAAUGUAAUAAAAAUUAACUAUAAUAAAAAAAAUUAAAAACUAUUGAAGAGGCCAAAAUUUUACAAAAUUAAAGAAAAAUUAUCUGUAAGUUAUGUGUAAGUAGUAACAUUAUUCAAAUUAUUAGCUGAGAGAUAAUUUAUCCGCAUCAUUACAAGUAUAUUCUUAAAAUUUGGAGGUUUUUAAUUGGCUGUUAGUUAAUGUAUUUGUUUAAUUAAUAAGUGAUUAAUAGCUUUGAACUCUGCCUAAAUUAAAUUAACGUUCAAAAUUAUAUGAACAGGAAAUCUCUAUUUUUUUUUGUUUCAAUAAAUAUUACCAUCUCAAUAAUUUCAAAACGUAAUUUUCGUAUACGGACUAUGCUUUGCUUAGAGCAACUAUUUCAAUCCCAAGGGAUUAAAUCUGUUUGUUUUUAUAAAAUUCUGCUUUAAGUUGUCAUAUUUGUGGAAAAGUAAUUAUAUAAAAUGGCAGAUAAUAAAAAUAUAUAUAAAUUACAAUAUAUAGGUAACAUUUAUGGUUGUGUGAAUUUUAAUUAUAGAUACCUAUCAUCAUAUUAAUAUGUUUUCAUUCCUUUUAAAAUUAAUGUAGAAUUAAUAAUAAAACAAAAGAAAGAAUGAAAGAAAAAGAAUGUACUCAAAGUUACUUGUACCAACAUAUUUUAAAACCCUUUAAUUUGUCACAACAUAUUAGGCUUAAUAUUAUUAUAUUUGAACAGAGAUAUUUAUAAAUUUCACCAAUUUUGUACCUUGGUACAAAUUAUCCCAGAAAAACAUUUUCAAUAAUAAUUGCUGAAAUACUGAAUUAAUUUAUCAUUGACUUACAGAUGACAACUAAUACUAUUACUUCAAAUUCAUUUCCUUGAUUGUUCCAAAAAUCACGUGAUUUCCGUUUUGUUAUUGACUUAAAAAGGUACAUUUACCAUAAUAUAUUAUCUGUGUUGUAUACUAAACGAAUUCAUCAUAUUGAAAAAAAUAAGGUUGGUUAUUGUAUUUUUAAGUAUUUAACUGCAAGAUUUAUAAAUGUAAAGAAAAUGAUGAAUACGUAAUAUUUAUUCCUAGUAAAAAUAUUACUUAUACUUUAUAUUGAUAAAUAUUCUUUAUCGAACACGGCCAAAAUCUUAUUUAAUUCUUUAAGUUCUUCCUGUUCUAACAAUUCAUCCAAUAUCAUUCACAUAUAGGAAAAUUCAAUAAAAAAAAAACAAAAUUAUAUAAAGCUAGUAAAAAUUGCUUUUCCUAACAUUAAGUAUUGUCAGCUCAAAAACUAUGAAAAGACAUUAGUAGUUUAUUAAUAACUAUGUUGUGUUGAGUGUGCAAUUUUCACUUUCACCAAGCAAGUGUACAUAAUUCUAUAUUUUAUUUAUAACUUUUACAAUACAAAUAGAAGUAUUGAUCAUAGUGACUGUUUAUUUCUUAUUUUGUAAAUCAGUAAUGGUGCAUAGGGUCGUUUUUGACUUUUUUUUCUUAUUUUAGUACGUAAUAUUAUUGAAUGAAUUGAUAGGUGCUAUGUGAACUGGUGAAAUAAAUAAAUACCUAAUGCGGUACGGUAACACUGUUGCGGGUGAUUGUACUUUUAACGAGUUCUUAUAUUUUCAUUUAUUAAUCUCUUUUUAAGUACCUAUUUUUUUAAUAGUUAAGUCACAGGGCGCUACUCAUUUGUUACUUAAUAGAAGAAAAUUAAUAAAUAGAAAAAAUUAAAAAGAUAUAUUUGUUUGCAAAAUAUAUCU